AGGCGGGCCUGGCGCGCAUGCGCGGGGGGAGCGCCGCGGCGUUUCCUCAGAGAGGAAAGGAGCGGGGCGGGCGACGGAGGAACGGGCGAGAAGGCGGAGACUGCGGCGGUCGCCGUUCCUCCUCCUCUGGUCGGUUUCGGGAAGGGAGAGCGAGCGAUGAGCCGAGCAGGGAUGCGGCGGCCCCGCCCGACCCGCAGUGCCGGCGCCAUGAUCCGUUAUCCCGUCAAGAUGGAUUGCUGUUACUGAUGGGAAGGAAUCCAAUAUGAGUGGAAAUGACGUUGGAGGAAGAAGACGCUUUGAGGACAGCGAGCACACGCUACACAUCUACCCGGGGAGCAUCGCCGAAGGGACCAUCUAUUGUCCCGUUAUCGCCCGGAAAACGUCCACGGCGGCGGAGGUGAUCGACUCUCUCAUCAGCAAACUGCAGCUGGACAAGACAAAAUGUUACGUUUUGGCAGAAGUGAAGGAAUUUGGGGGGGAGGAAUGGAUCCUCAACCCCACGGACUGCCCGGUCCAGCGCAUGAUGCUGUGGCCCCGGAUGGCCCUGGAGAACCGUUUGAGCGGGGAGGAUUAUCGCUUUCUUCUAAGGGAAAAGAAUCUCGACGGGUCGAUCCAUUACGCCAGCCUCCAGUCCUGGCUGCAGGUGACGGAGGAGCGGCGCCGGAUGGUGGAGCGCGGCUUCCUCCCUCAGCCGCCGCACAAGGACUAUGACGACUUGUGUGCUUUGCCAGACUUGAACGAGAGAACGCUCCUCGAGAACCUCAGAAACCGCUUUAAGCAGGAGAAAAUUUACACGUACGUUGGGAGCAUCCUCAUAGUCAUUAACCCGUUCAAGUUCCUCCCGAUUUACAACCCCAAAUACGUCAAAAUGUACGAUAACCACCAACUGGGGAAGCUGGAGCCCCACAUUUACGCCGUGGCGGAUGUAGCAUACCAUGCAAUGCUGCAGCGUCGGAAGAAUCAGUGUAUUGUCAUUUCUGGAGAGAGCGGGUCUGGGAAAACGCAGAGCACAAACUUUCUGAUCCAUCAUCUCACCGCUCUUAGUCAGAAGGGAUUUGCUAGUGGAGUAGAACAGAUCAUUCUGGGAGCUGGUCCCGUUCUUGAGGCAUUUGGGAACGCAAAGACGGCGCACAACAACAACUCCAGCCGCUUUGGCAAGUUUAUUCAAGUGAAUUACCAGGAGACGGGCACUGUGCGUGGAGCCUACGUUGAAAAGUAUCUGCUGGAAAAAUCUAGGCUAGUCUAUCAGGAACAUAAUGAGAGGAAUUACCAUGUUUUUUAUUACCUUCUGGCCGGAGCAAGUGAAGAAGAGAGAUCAGCUUUUCAUCUUAAAGAACCUGAAGAAUAUCAUUAUCUCAAUCAGAUGUCAAAGAAACCCCCCAAACAGAGCUGGGAUGACUGUUACUAUGACUCUGAGCCGGACUGUUUCUCCGUUGAAGGAGAGGACUUGAAGCAUGACUUUGAGCGUCUGCAGCUGGCUAUGGAAAUGGUGGGCUUUCUUCCCAAGACUCGCAGACAGAUUUUUUCUCUCUUGUCGGCAAUACUGCACUUGGGUAACAUCUGUUACAAGAAGAAAACGUACCGAGAUGAUUCCAUAGACAUCUGUAACCCAGAGGUCCUGCCGAUCGUCUCCGAACUCCUGGAGGUCAAAGAAGAAAUGUUGUUUGAAGCACUUGUGACAAGGAAGACGGUGACCGUGGGGGAGAAGCUUGUACUACCCUACAAACUGGCAGAGGCUGUGACGGUGCGGAAUUCCAUGGCCAAAUCACUGUACAGUGCCCUGUUUGAUUGGAUAGUUUUCCGAAUUAAUCACGCGCUUUUGAAUACAAGGGACUUGGAAGAGAGCACCAAGACUUUAUCUAUUGGAGUGCUUGACAUUUUUGGGUUUGAAGAUUAUGAAAAUAACAGCUUUGAACAGUUCUGCAUUAAUUUUGCCAAUGAGCGUUUACAGCAUUAUUUUAACCAACACAUCUUUAAACUGGAGCAAGAGGAGUACAGACUCGAAGGCAUCAGCUGGCAUAACAUUGACUACAUAGAUAACUCUGGCUGCAUCAAUCUCAUCAGCAAAAAGCCCACCGGGUUGCUCCAUUUGCUGGACGAGGAAAGCAAUUUUCCGCAAGCGACAAAUCAAACGCUGCUAGACAAGUUCAAGCGUCAGCACGAAGGGAACCCUUACAUCGAAUUUCCUGCUGUGAUGGAACCUGCCUUCAUCAUAAAACACUACGCUGGGAAAGUUAAAUAUGGUGUGAAGGAUUUUCGGGAGAAGAACACGGAUCACAUGCGGCCAGACAUUGUCACUCUACUUAGGAGCAGCAAGAGCGCCUUUAUCUGUGGCAUGAUCGGGAUCGACCCCGUGGCCGUGUUCCGCUGGGCAGUCCUCCGAGCUUUUUUCAGAGCCGUGGUGGCAUUCAGGGAGGCUGGAAGGAAGUACAUGGAGAAGAAAACUGGGCAUGAUGACGUGGUUUUGAAAAGUGUGGAUAGUUUUAGCUUUCUCCAUCACCCAGUUCACCAGAGGAGCUUAGAGAUCCUGCAGAGAUGCAAAGAGGAGAAGUACAGUAUUGCCCGGAAGCGUCCGAGAACGCCCCUUUCCGAUCUGCAGGGAGUGAACACCAUCAACGAAAAAAGCCAACGCGAUGUGUACGGAGUCGGCUGGAACAGCCGAAUGGGGGUCUGGCAGAGUAGACUCUCCAGCCACAGCGCCUUGCUUGACAAAGAUGGCAUAUUUGUGAAUUCGACCAACAGCAAACUCUUGGAGAGAGCCCACGGCAUCCUCAUGCGAAACAAGAACUUCAAAGCCAAACCAAACCUUCCUAAGCACUUACUGGAAGUGAAAUCCCUCAAGCACUUGACGAACCUGACGCUGCACGAUCGCAUCACCAAGUCCCUUCUUCACCUUCACAAGAAGAAGAAGCCCCCAAGCAUCAGUGCGCAGUUCCAGGCAUCGCUUACCAAACUGAUGGAGACCCUUGGCCAAGCAGAACCCUAUUUUGUCAAGUGCAUUCGCUCCAACGCCGAUAAGCUUCCCCUGAGAUUCAACGACAACCUGGUGCUGAGGCAACUGCGGUACACAGGUAUGCUGGAGACGGUGCGUAUUCGGCAGUCAGGAUACAGCUGCAAAUAUUCUUUCCAGGACUUUGUGGAUCACUUCCACGUUCUUCUCCCACGGAGAGUCCUGCCGUCAAAGCAAAACAUCCAAGAUUUCUUCAGGAAAACAAAGAUCGGUCUUGACAAUUAUCAAGUCGGUAGAACAAUGGUGUUCAUGAAGGAGCAGCAACGGCAGCUUUUACAAGGCCUUCUGCACCAGGAAGUGGUGCAAAGGAUUAUCCUGCUGCAGAGCUGGUUUCGAGCGAUGCUGUAUAGAAGGCACUUCCUGAAUCUGAAGCAAGCAGCCGUUGUUAUACAGAGCUGCUGGCGCAGUUAUCAGAGGAGAAAGCAAACCGAAGCGGAAGAUUUGCUGAACGACUCAGCCGUCUUUAGCCAGGCAGCCGUCGUUCUUCAGUCCCACUGGCGCGGCUGCGUCGCCAGGCGGAAAUUCCAGCAGAUGCGGGUGGCAAGUUUUAUUAUCCAGAGCUAUUGGCGGGAGUGCUUGCGGAGAAGGCACGCCGCCGCGACCUUCAUCCAAGCCGCGUGGCGAGGCUACCGCUCCAAGAACCGCUACCGGAUCGCGAGAAACAAAAUCAUUCUGUUGCAAGCAACCUACCGAGGAUACAGGGCGCGGCAAAGGUAUAGAACUUUAAAAGAGCAGCAGUUUCAAGCUGCACUAUUGAGAAAUGGACCAACUGUUAAAAGAACGGAGAAACUGGAGCCAGAAGGUAGUUUGGAUAUCAGGGGGUCAGACCCUUGCGAAUGGGAAGAUCGUUCCUUCGAAGAGAGAGAGAAGGCAGUCGGAGAGCGUAAAUCAGUGAUGGACAAUAGGGGCAGCCAAACAGAUCCCUCAGAUAAUUCUGGGAACCUAUCGCACAAACAUUACGAGAGAGCCAACAGCCAGGGCGGAGUGAAUGCGGAAGAGCAAGUUAUGGUGAGAGAGAGACCCAAGUCGCUGGAAGACCUCAACCCUAAAAAGGGAGUCCGUGCGAAACGAGAGAGCCGGCGGAUGCGCGAGUUAGAACAGGCGAUCUUUAGCCUGGAGCUGCUUAAAGUCCGGUCCACUGGAGGGAUAUCUCCCUCAGAAGAGCGCCAGGGGUCCCUAGAAUUGGGCUCCGAGGAUAUGCAGUCUCCCAGGGGAACCCCAGAGAGCGAGAGCUCUCAGGGAAGUCUAGAGCUGCUAAUCCACGAAGAAACUCAAAAGAACCAACUGGACCCUGUGUUGCCCCAGGACUACAGUCUCCAUUCUGCUCCUCGUGACUCGUUGCCGAACAGCCCCAAAUCGGACGACGAUCAAGGCAUCACCUUUUCUGCUCAUGUAAAUAGAAACGUGCCCGAUCGGAACAGAUCGAUGCCGAGUUCUGAAUUGCCAGAGUGCCUUGCUGCGAAAGAGCAGCUGGCCUCUGAUUCCCAGAGCAGCGUCUAUCAUGGGCACCCUAGAGAGCCCCUCAUUUCAACCAGCCUCCCUACUUUUUACCUCCCGCCCCAAGACAGUCUGAGAGCCGGCCAUUCAGUGCUGGCGAAUAACCUGAGGAACAAGUGGAUGGACGUCUCUUUGGAAGGCAGGCUGGACUCUGAGUUGCAGAGAACAGGUCAGAUCCAAACCUCUCCCAAGGCUGGCCGUCCUCCUUCGGGUGUUGAAGAUGGCUUCCUUGCAGCUUCCGAAACGUCUUCUUCUGACCCUGUCAUCAAGAGGCUGGAAAAGCUGAACGUGGAGAAGGAAGAACGCCGGAAACAGAAGCAGCUGCAGAACGAGAAAGAGAUGAUGGAGCAGAUCCGGCAGCAGAAGGAGAUUUUGGAGAAAGAGCGCCGAGCGUUCGAAGAGCUCCAGAGGCAGGAAAAUGAGCAGAACAAGGCCAGGGAACCGGGCCAAGGGACUUCUGUCAGGUCCCCAAAGAAAAUAGACGGGACAGCGUCUGCCUUCGUUGGGAGUCCUCCGAACAAAGGAGAGCCUCGCCUGGCCAAAAAUACAGCGCUCGCCUCGUUGGUGGACAUCAAAGGUCUCACCGUCUCGAAAAAAGGAAGCCCGCCCGCUCGUGUGGCCCAGAAAGAAAGGACGACGGUUGCGGCUCCGGAACGAAGGGAAAGUCAGACUCCAGUUGUCCGGGGACCUGCCAGAUUAGAUAGGCCAAACUCACAAACGGCGGCCGGAUCUCAGGAAGGCUCAAGCAACCAACCCGCAAGAAAGGAGAGGUUCCGGCUGCCCCGAAUUCCCAGCCAGGGCACUGAAAGCGCUUCUAGCGAGGCCAGAGUUGGCCCCAUUUUCUUCAAUCCAAAGGACAGCCACAAGGGCAUUAACAAAGAAUCGUCUGCCCGCCCGUUCCUUCCAAAAGAGGACCAUAAAAAGUCAUUCAAGAUUCCCAGGCCAGGCCGGGCAGAGCAGGUCGCCCGACCGGCCCAUAAAAAGAAAGCCCGCAUGGCCCGGACCCGCUCCGAUUUCUUGACUAGAGGUGCUCUGGCUGAUUGGGAGGGGGAUACGGAGGAAGAGGAUUGCGAUGACACUUUUGAAUUCCUUCUCUCCCUUGACCAACCUCCUGACCCCGGGCCUGGGUGUGCAGCCAGACUGGGGCAGCCUUGUCACAGUGACUCUGAAAUGGUAAUUUCCCCCCAAGGAAGGAGCUGGGCCGGGAGCAUUUCUUGGCUAACCCUUAGCUGUACUGACACCUCCCGCUGCUGUUUCUCCAACUUGUUACGGGACUGUUGGUGGCUGAUCUCCAAGAACACAGGCACGAGGCGAUAACGUCAAAACCUGCUU